CUUUUAUUUUGAAACGUGCAACUUCCGGAUGACGUCCGUGUUUAUGAUUGAACGUGUUUACGUUGCAUUUCAAAACAAUCACGAUAAUAUCUUCCAGUCAGAGAUUUAUUUACAGCAAAUAAUUACUGUGUUUGUAACUUAGAUGGUCCAGUAGAGUGUGCUGAAGACUCCAGCCCCUUCUCUUCCUUUCCCUUUGACCCAGACCCUUAUAAUGUGGCCCCUCUGCACCUAUCAUCAACUGCUAGCUUUCCUCCUCACCUUCCUCAGCUAUGUCCUGCUUCACUCGUCACGUAAGACUUUUAGUAAUGUGAAAGUUAGCAUCUCAGCACAAUGGACCCCGUCGGGAUUGCAGCAGAAUGGCAGCUCUGUAGCUUUGUCUCCUGGAGUGACAUGGGAGGAUAACAAACUGUUUGCUGAUGUGGGGGAGGCUACUUUGUUUUUGGGUGCUCUGGACUCAAUCUUUCUCUUCUCUUAUGCUGUGGGUUUGUAUAUCAGCGGGGUGAUUGGGGAUCGGUUCAACCUCCGCUAUGUUCUGUCAUUCGGUUUAUGUGGAUCUGCAAUCACGGAAUUUAUUUUUGGCACUUUGACAGAAUGGCUUCACUUUUAUAAUGUGUACUUUUAUUGCGUUUUGUGGGUGAUAAAUGGACUUCUGCAAUCUACAGUUUGGCCCUGUGUGGUCGCCAUCAUGGGCAACUGGUUUGGGAAAUCUGGCCGAGGCUUUGUGUUUGGACUGUGGAGUGCAUGUGCAUCUGUGGGGAAUAUUCUGGGUGCGUUUCUUGCCUCCAGUGUCCUGAAGUAUGGCUAUGAGUAUGCUUUCCUCGUGACAUCAGUGGUGCAGUUUGCGGGUGGUGUGGUGGUGUUUUUUGCCCUGCUCACAUCCCCAAAAGAAAUUGGACUAAGUGACCCCUCUGAGACAGGUCUGAGAUCAGUGACAAGAGACUCAGACAGUCAGCGCCCUCUGAUGAGUGAUGAUGAAGAUGAGUUAUGUGAGGAAUACUCCUCCAUUCAGCAGCAGGAAGAGGAACCUGAACCACAGCCCAAAGCCAUCGGCUUCCUACAGGCCUUCUGCUUGCCUGGAGUCCUUCCCUAUUCCCUGGCUUAUGCAUGUCUGAAGCUGGUCAACUACUCUUUCUUCUUCUGGCUGCCAUUUUAUCUCAGCAAUAACUUCGGCUGGAAGGAAGUUCAGGCCGACCGACUAUCUGUGUGGUAUGAUGUGGGAGGAAUUGUUGGAGGAACAGUACAAGGCUUGAUCUCCGAUCUUUUAGGAAAGCGAGCUCCUGUGUUGGUAGUCAGUUUGCUGCUGGCCAUGGGAGCAUUAGUGGGAUACAGCCACUCUCCAAAUGACCAGAUUGUGAAUGGAGCUCUACUAGCAACGACAGGUUUCCUUAUUGGAGGCCCAUCAAACAUGAUCAGUUCAGCAAUCUCUGCAGAUUUAGGCCGACAGGAGGCGCUGCAGAACAGUCAGCAGGCUCUGGCCACAGUCACAGGAAUCGUGGACGGCACAGGCAGCAUUGGAGCUGCGGCGGGACAGUACCUGGUGUCGCUUAUUGAGAGCAAAUUUGGAUGGAUGUGCGUCUUCUAUUUCUUCAUAGUCAUGACAGGGUGCAGCGUGCUCUUCAUCAUUCCACUCCUCUUCCGUGAAAUGCGCUCCUUAUGCCGAGACAGUCAAGCUCGUACACAUCAGCUCUGAGGUCAUUCGGGUGACUUCUUUUGCCUGUGUCUUCAUUGAAAAUCUGACAUUUUGAAAAUACAGACUUGCUUUUGCUGCACCUCUUAUUUAAGAAUGUUUUUUUCCCCCUGAAAACAGAAACCUCAUAUUUAAUCUGACUACUCUACAUCAAGGCAUUGUUCAGACAGGCAGCAAUUCUGUGUUUAUUUUUCCUGUAUUCUCAGCAAACAAGAAUAAACCUAUCCUCAAGUAAUUUCAUUUAUGAAGACAGUGAAUGGUACUUAAGGUCUGUUUCUGUUUUAUUUCAGUGUAUUGCUGUGCCUGUACUUUUUUUUUUUUUUAAUUCUAAUUUUAUUAUUGUUAAAGGGCAGGGCCCUCUUGAGUUUAAUUUAUGGUGAUUAUUGCCUGAUUGAAUUGUUGUAUUGAAUGGGUUGUAAUUUGUGUUAAAUAUGCACCAAUUUUUUAAUUCACAUUAAAAACACUCAGUUACACUUUAGUAUCACAUAUGUGAAGUGUAUAAUGGAAUUUUUAAAUGUAACACUGCAGUUCAGCAAUUUGGUGUUUUGUUUCGUUUCAACUAUUUGAACCUGUGCAGGUAUUGCUUGAAUGUUUGAAUUAUGUGAUCCAUUGUUCCUGCAUAUAUACCUGUAUAUAAGUAACAACAAAUUCAGGCAAACAACAAGAUCAAUGUCGAAAUAUUGAUUCAGUCAAAGAUUGAUUAACAGUUUUUGACUGUUUUUACUGAGUUGUAUGUCAAUGCUAACAUUCAGUAAAGUGCACAAACUCAUCUUG